AUGCAACCUGUUCAGCAGUGGACCGCAAUAGAACGAAAAUGCCUCGCGCUUCUUCAACGAAGCAAUACGAAGAAGCAUCUCUUCCAGGUUCAUGCGGCGAUCGUCAAGCAUUCCCUUCACAACAACCUCAACAUUCUCGCCAAGUUCAUCUCUUCAUGCGCUUCAAUUGCUCAAAUGGCUUCCUCCACCCCGGCUGCGCACCUGGACACCAUAGCCCAUGCCCGCAAGGUGUUCGAUCGUCGUCCCUGCGAAGGCGACACCUUCGUCUGCAACUCCAUGAUCCAGGCCCAUGUGGGCGCGCGCCAGUUUGUUGACUCCGUCACUCUUUAUCGACAUCUUAGGCGGACGACGAGUUUCAGUCCUGAUAAUUUCACCUUUACUUCUCUGGCCAAGUCUUGUGGGCUGAGCAGGGCUCUUGGUGAAGGCCUGCAGAUGCAUUCUCAAGUUGUGAAGUUCGGGUUCUGCUUGGACUCGUAUUUGGCCACUGCAGUGGUUGAUAUGUAUGCAAAGCUUGGGGUGUUGUGUUCCGCAAGCAAGCUGUUUGACGAAAUGUCUGAGAGAAGUGUUGCCUCAUGGACGGCUUUGAUAGGCGGUUAUGUAAGGUGUGGGGAUCUGAAUCGUGCUGAACUUCUUUUUGAUCAGAUGCCUGAGAAAGAUUGCGUGGCUUUUAACGCAAUGAUCGACGGUUAUGUCAAAGCGGGGGAUAUGAACUCUGCCCGAUCCUUGUUUGAUAAGAUGCCGCAUAGGAAUGUGGUCUCAUGGACUAGUAUGAUUCAAGGUUACUGCAACGUUGCUGACAUUCCAUCUGCCAGGUUUCUAUUUGAUUCUAUGCCUGAGAAGAACCAAUUCUCCUGGAAUGUCAUGAUUGGUGGGUACUGCCAGAACAAGCAGCCACAUGAAGCUCUGGCACUUUUUCGUGUGAUGCAGUCAAACACAUCGCUUGAACCAGAUGAAGUAACGAUUGUAAGCAUCCUUCCAGCUAUUGCUGAUAUGGGGGCUGUGGAAUUGGGUCGUUGGGUUCACCACUACGUCGGCAGGAGGAAACUCGAUCGAUCUACCAAAGUCUGCACCGCACUUAUUGACAUGUAUGCAAAAUGUGGCGAAACCACCAAAGCGAGAAGAGUUUUCGAACAGAUGCCUAACAAGGAAACAACUUCCUGGAAUGCGCUGAUCAAUGGGCUAGCAGUCAAUGGAGGUGCCAGGGAAGCGAUGCAGGUGUUCGCAGACAUGCAGCUUCAAGGAUUCAAACCGAACGAAAUAACCAUGCUAGGCGUUCUGUGUGCUUGUAACCACGGCGGGCUCAUACACGAGGGGAGGAGGUGGUUCGGUGCAUUGGAUGGUUUGGGUCUCACCGCGAGAAUCGAGCAUUAUGGAUGUAUGAUUGAUCUGUUGGGGAGGGGUGGGUGCCUGGAGGAAGCUGAAAGUUUGAUCCACAGCAUGCCUUAUGAGGCUAACGGGAUAAUUCUGAGCUCUUUCCUCUCAGCCUGUGUGAACUCCAAGGACUUCACAAGGGCUGAAAGCGUCCUGAAUCAGGCUGUUAAUGUUGAGCCAAGGAAUGACGGGAAUUAUGUUAUGCUGGGUAACUUGUAUGCCACGGAUAAGCGGUGGGGAGAAGUUGAGGAGGUGAAGGGAUUGAUGAAGAGAAAUGGAGCUAGAAAGAAGGCUGGCAGCAGUGCUAUAGAGAUUGACGGCGAGGUCUCGGAAUUCAUAGCUGGAGGCAAAGAACAUCAUCUAUGGGAAGAAAUAAGGCUGGCGAUCCGUCAGUUGAGAGAGCAGAUGAGAUGCAAGGAAGAUUCCGCCUACUCCAUUAUCCCCCUGUGUUCCUAG